GUAAAAGAAUAAUUAGUAAAAUAAGGUAGAUCUAAUGGAAUAAAUCAGCUAAAAUCAAUAGCAACACGAAAUGGUAAAGUUGAAGCUACUUCAGCAUAUCCAAAAUAGAUAGAAAAUUAGAUAGAUGUAUGCAGAUAAGGGUAUUUAAAUGCUUCAAAAACAAGAGUUGCUUAUUUCUGACAUUAAUGAACCUACAUUGAGUAAAGCCUAAAAUAUGGUUUACAAAGAUAUGAAGAGCGAGUUAUUGCAAAAAGGAUAUGAUGAAUUUAGAUUUUUAGCAAAGGAAAAAUCAACUAACAAGAGGUAUGCUAUCAAAGGAAUUCCUAUUAAAGAUUCAAAGGACAAUGUUGAUCAAGUUAUUUUAGGUUAAGUUUAGUAAGAAAUCUAAAUGCUCAAUUAAUGCAAGGGCUCUCCUUAUGUAGCCAAUCUUCUACACAAGAUAGAAGGAAAUGAUUAUAUCUUCUUAGUCCUUACCGAAUGUUUAGGAACAUUGAGUGAUAUUAUUAAGAAUACCUAAAAUUAAAGAUUGAAUGAGUUAUCUGCUAUUAAAUACACAAAGGAUAUUGCAGAGGGUCUUUACUUUAUUCAUUCUAAGAAAUGCUUAGUUAAUGAUCUGAAGAUGGAUAAUAUCCUAAUUGAUUACAAUGGAAACGCAGUUGUUUCUGAUUUUGGAUUUGCAGAUAAUCUCACUUAAUAAUCUGGAUAUGCUUUUGAUAAUUAUAAAGGAAAUGUUAUAUUCCAAGCUCCAGAAUGUUAUGAUCCCUCAAAAUUUGAUAUUUACUCUUAGGAAUACAUGAACUUAGGAGUACCUGUACAGUAAAAUCCAAGUCAAAGAAGUGAAGCAUGUUCUUUAGGUUAUUUGUUAUAUACAAUGAUUUCAGGAUUUUAAGCGAAUUUAGUUUUUAGCAAGCACCAACCUUUGCAAUAUAAUGCAGACUUCUAAAACCUUGCUUAUGAGAAAUAGCUUCGAUACAUAAUUGAUGGAUUGACAAAAUUCAUUCCAAGAGAGAGGUUAAAGGUUAAAGAAGCUUUAAUAGUAUUAAAAGGAAUUGUUUCUUUUGAAUUUGAUUUAGAAAGCAAAUUUAUUGAAGUUAUGGAUGAUGCAGAAGCUCAGUAAUACAUCAGAUAGUUUAGAUAAGACAUUGAAUAUGUUCAGGGUUUCGAGAAUAAAUUUUACCCAAUCAUAUUGAUGGAUAAAAAUAAAAACAUGUUGAUUUUAUUACUUAAUAAAGAUAGAUAUUUGUUUAAUCUGCUUUAAUUUUUUAAUGAAAAAUAGGAGGCAGUUAUUAAUGAAUUAAACUAAUAAAUAAAGGAAAUGUAAAAAGUAAUAGAUGGUUUGUUAAAUCAAUAGGAGAAAUAGGGAAAUUAAAAAUAGAAUAUUUAACCUUUUUUUUCAAAUUAAUAAGCAAGUUCUUAAUAGGUUUUCUAGAAAUAGCCAGUAUUAGGUCACGAAGAUUAAAUCUAGAAUCAAAAAAUAGAAAAAAAAUCAGACGUUCAGAAUUAUUAGCAAAAUCAAGAGCAAAUAAAGAUUGAUUAAUAAGCUAGCAAUUAACCAACCAA